AGAACGCUCACUUGGCUUUAGCCCUCCGGCCGUGAAGCAUGGAGCUGUCCAGGCUCGUCUGUGCUUUCUUGCUCGCCGCCUGCUGCUGCUGUCGCCGCGCCGCGGGUGUGCCCGGAGAGGCGGAGCAGCCUGAGCCUGAGCUGGUGGAGGUGGAAGUGGGCAGCACGGCCCUUCUGAAGUGUGGCCCCUCCCGUUCCCAGGGCAACUUCAGCCACGUGGACUGGUUUUCUGUCCACAAGGAGAAGCCCACACUCAUUUUCCGCGUGCGCCAGGGCCAGGGCCAGAGCGAACCUGGGGAAUACCAGCACCGGCUCAGCCUCCAGGACAAAGGGACUACUCUGGCCCUGACACAUGUCACCCCCCAUGAUGAGCGCAUCUUUCUGUGCCAGGGCAAGCGUCCUAGGUCCCAGGAGCACCGCAUCCAGCUCCGUGUCUACAAAGCUCCAGAGGAGCCAAGCAUCCAGGUCAAUCCCUUGGGCAUUUCUGUGAACAGUCAGGAGCCUGAGGAGGUUGCUACCUGUGUGGGGAGGAACGGGUACCCUAUUCCUCAAGUCAUCUGGUACAAGAAUGGCCGGCCCCUCAAGGAGGAGAAAAACCGAGUCCACAUUCAGUCAUCCCAGAUUGUGGAGUCGAGUGGCUUGUACACCUUGCAGAGCAUUCUGAAGGCACAGCUGGUUAAAGAAGACAAAGAUGCCCAGUUUUACUGUGAGCUCAACUACCGGCUACCCAGUGGGAAUCACAUGAAGGAAUCUAGGGAAGUCACUGUCCCUGUUUUCUACCCCGCGGAGAAAGUGUGGUUGGAAGUGGAGCCCAUGGGAAUGCUGAAGGAAGGGGACCGCGUAGAAAUCAGGUGUUUGGCUGAUGGCAACCCCCCACCCCACUUCAGCAUCAGCAAACAGAACCUCAGCACCAAGGAGAUGGAGGAAGAGAUAACUGAUGACAACGGGAUCCUGGUCUUGGAGCCUGCCCAGAAGGAGCACAGUGGUCUCUAUGAAUGUCAGGGCCUGGACUUGGAAACCACAGCAUCACUGCUGAGUGACCAACAGGAGCUGCUAGUAAACUAUGUGUCUGAUGUCCGAGUGAGCCCUGAAGCCCCUGAGAGCCAGGAAGGCAGCAGUCUCACCCUGACCUGUGAAGCAGAGAGUAACCAGGCCCUUGAGUUCCAGUGGCUGAGAGAAAAGACAGGCAAGGUGCUGCAGAAGGGGCCUGUGCUCCAAUUACACAACCUGAAACGGGAGGCAGGGGGAGGCUACCGCUGUAUAGCGUCUGUGCCCAGCGUACCUGGCCUGAACCGCACACAGCUAGUCAAUGUGGCCAUUUUUGGGUCCCCGUGGAUGACAUUAAAGGAGAGGAAGAUGUGGGUGAAAGAGAACACAGUGUUGAAUCUGUCUUGUGAAGCAUCAGGACAUCCUCGGCCCACCAUCUCCUGGAAUGUUGACGGCGUGGCAAGUGAACAUGACCAAGAUCCGCAGAGUAUCCUGAGCAUCCUGAAUGUCCUUGUGACCCCAGAGCUGUUGGAGUCAGGUGCUGAAUGCGUGGCCUCCAACUCCCUGGGCAAAAACACCACCAUCAUUUUCCUGGAGCUGGACUCCAACAGGACCACUGGCCUCAGCACUUCCACUAUCAGUCCUCAUGCCAGAGCCAACAGCACCUCCACAGAGAAAAAGCUGCCAGAGCCCGAAAGCAAGGGUGUGGUCAUCGUGGCUGUGACUGUGUGCAUCCUGGUCCUGGCUGUGCUGGGCGCUGUCCUCUAUUUCUUCUACAAGAAGGGCAAGCUGCCGUGUGGACGGUCAGGCAAACAAGAGAUCACGCUGCCCCCGUCUCGUAAGAGCGAAUUUGUAGUUGAAGUUAAGUCAGAUAAGCUCCCAGAAGAGAUGGGCCUCCUACAGGGCAGCAACGGUGACAAGAGGGCUCCAGGAGACCAGGGAGAGAAAUACAUCGAUCUGAGGCACUAGCCCACUGAAUCACACCAAGCUCCUUUCCCGCCUGGAACAUUUCCUGCUUCCUGCGCACUCUCCCUCCUCCCCAGCACUCAGGAUGGUGGCCAAAGCCUCUAAAGUGGACUACAGAGAAGACCCCUGCUCCAGCUCACCUGCAGAACCCAUUUGAGGGCAAAUGGGCUAGGAACAGAGCCGUCCUGAUGAGGAUCUCACGUGCCCUGGAGGCCCCCUCUUCAGGGACCAUUCCACCACCCUCUCAAUUUAUUGAGUGACACUCAUCCCAAGGAGGGGGCCUCAGUCCCCCAGGAGUGGGUAGGAGAGUUUCUCUUUACCCACGUUACAGCUGUAAAUACCCGUCUUUGACCAGAAGCUGAAUUAGGUAGCCUAUUUAUCUUGAGCUGAUUUCCUGCCCCAAAGGCUGGCUUCAUAAUUCAGUUGUAUCACUGAAGUGAGGAUGCACUGAGGCCAGGCCCCUCUCCAGUGGUGAACUAUGUUGCUCACACCAGUGCUGGAGAGUACCCCAGCAUUAUCUAGAAGCAGCUGACUGCCUGCCUCUGAAGUCCUUUUUGUGAUACAUCCUCCUCUGGACAGAAGCCAGGAAUUGGUGUCAUUCUUUAAAAGACAUGCUGGGUAAUCUCACUGUCCUUGCAGUGAGCAAGCUGGGCACUGUUUUCCAGAGUUAAGGCCAUUGAGCCCGAGCCCCCUGCAUUCAUUCAGCUCCCACUGCCCUCAAGGGGUCAUGUAAGACUGAAAGGUGGGAGUAGGGGACAGAGAUGAGGUCAAGACUGUCCUUUAUGGGGAUUACAGCUAUAGUUGUUAUAGUAGCACCAAACUUCUACAAACCAAGCUAAUGGGCUUAGACCCUAGCAGAAGGGCCCUAAUGGGAGAAUGGAUACUUAGGAUGAGAAACCGGCCUGGCUAAAGCUUUGGGGUAUGUAUGUGUAUCUAUGUGUGUGUGCGUGUGUGUAUAUAUAUAUAUAUAUGGUUUUGUUAGGUUGUGUGUAAAUUUGCAAACUGUUUCCUUUUUAUAUAUAUAUAUGAAAAAUAAAGCUUGAUUGUCC